UCCACAUUCAUCCUCCUCUCCUCUAUCUAUUCCUCCUACACACAUUCAUCAACCCAUCCACCAUCUACCCAUCAACAUAAAAACAAUCAAAACACAUCAACUUUAUCCACCAUCACCCUUCCUGCGAUAGACAACUUUUCAUAAUAGAUCGAGAGGAUAUUCCUUUCUUCUGUGAUCGGUUCUUCAAUUAUUAAUACUUCGAUUCUUCGAAGAUAAAUUACCUAUCCAAAGUAAUUUGAUUUCCAUUCCAAGAUAGUUAAGUAAGUCCACUCUCUCUCUCUCCCUUGCACGUCACCGCUCUCUACAAUAUCGUCAUUUAUCGUGGAAUAUCUACUGACAACCAUCCUUUUCAAUAGUCGUGAUAAAUUCAAUCAUGGCGUCGAUUACUGCACCAACUCCAGAUACUCUGGUUACCCUCAAGAUUAAUAUUGAGGGUAGCAAUAGAAGAUUCAAGCUCCCACUUCGUGAUCUGGGUGCUAGUACUCUCCCCGAUAAGGUAUGUGAUAACAACAAUCUAUCUAUCAACCAGCCUCCACGAUUCUUCAAACAUCCUAUACUGUUUAAUCACGAGGGAUCGUGAUAAUCAUUGCACUAUGUAACUAAUCAUCAUCAUCUACAUAGCUUCGUUAUCUUCUUGCCAUCCCUCCAACUUCCGAGGCUAUUUUCGAGAGAUACUCCGAUAGCGCUGCUGCUUUCAUCGUCCUCGAUUCGACCAAUCCUUCAGUUUACAAACAGUUGUACCGUGCUGCCAAGGCUAAGCUUAAGCUUAGGCUCAAGGUUACCAUCAAGGACAAAGUGCCUGUCAUGCCAAAGCCAGCAACCGUCGAGGAUGAAGUGCCAACUCCUGCUAAGAUUGUUGAAGCAAAAGAUAUGCACACCUCCGAAUCAGCAAUGCCUGCAUCAGGAUACUCUGAAUCUUCCAAGACCAGGGAAGUGGCUAAUGUAGAGGAGUUAGAAAGAGGAAGACAAUCCUUUCACGAUAGUGUUGAUACCAUGCAAAAGACUGCUGGUGAUGCCGCUCUUUGCGCCUACAAAUCACAGCUAGCACUCGCCGAGAGUGUAUAUGGUCCACUCUCCACGGACAGAGUCUCUCGGGAAGAAAAAAAUAACCAAGUAGACGACUCCAAGGCUUCUCUUCCCAAGCCUGCAGCACGUUCCAAGUCACCACCUCCUGUUAUCGGCAGUUUCGCCGUCUACUGUAACGGCUGUAAUGCACCUAUUCCAGAUAUCCACUACCAUUGCAGCACCUGUGAUGAUGGUGAUUUCGACUUAUGCCCAGAUUGCAAUGAUAAUGGAGUCACUUGCAAUGGUGAUCACUGGUUGAUCAAACGCAUUGUUGACAAGGGCAAAUACAUUCACAGCACAACCGAGAAACUUGCCCCUAAACAAUUUUCGGCUUACAGACCUGUCGUACCUAAGUUCCCCCAGUACUCCGCCUCUCAAACUACCUUGGUCGCACCUGCAGUCGAAGAGAAAGUACCUGUUCCUACUCGUACUUGCAACAGCUGCAUCGUGGAAUUGUCCGAGGACAGAUUCGUCACUUGCACUGAUUGUGAUGAUUUCGACUUGUGUAUCCAAUGCCAUCUUUCCUUAAAGCAUGGUCACAAUCCUAAGCACGCCUUCGCCUUCGUGGAUGAGGAUGCUACCCACAGCCCUAUCGCUCAUGCCCUUCUCGCCCCGGGCAGAAACGCUGCUCAUGCCGCCGUUUGUGAUGGAUGUGACAAAUAUAUCUUUGGUGUUCGUCACAAGUGCCUCGAUUGCCCAGAUUGGGAUUACUGCGAUUCAUGUAUUGCAAAUGCUAGCUUCAUUCACCCACGUCACAGAUUUGUACCUCUCUACGAAUCUAACAGCAGCACUGGUGCUCGACAACAAGUUGUCAAGGCUCGUCACCAUGGAAUCUUCUGUGAUGGACCUCUCUGCAAUCGCAAUGGUAGCUCCACGAACGCUUAUAUCACUGGUGAUCGUUACAAGUGUGCCGUCUGCCACGAUACCGAUUUCUGUGCUUGCUGCGAAGCCAGUCCAUCCAAUCCACACAAUAAGACUCAUCCUCUUAUCAAAUUCAAGACACCUGUUCGCAAUGUUAGCGUUACUACCCUUGGUGAUCAUCCAAGUGGUAGACCUAUGGCACCAAUGGGUGAUCGCCGCCCUGAAGAUCAAACCAUUUCCAAGGCAACCGAGACCACGCCAGCUCAAUCCACCAAUGCUGCCACACAAGUUCAAACAGUUGCUGAGGUCAAGCCUAUCGAAGUCAAGUCUGAGGAGCCAAUCAAGGCCGAGGAGACUGCUGUAGUUGAGGAGACUGCUAAGGAACUUCCAGCACCUGUUGAAGAGGAAUUGAUUGCACACUUCGUUCGUGAUGCAGUUGCUGACGGCACCAUCAUGACACCAAACUCUGUCUUUGAACAAACCUGGUAUCUUCGAAAUGGUGGUAAGACAUCCUGGCCUGCAGGAUGCAGCGUUCGAUUCGUUGGUGGUGAUAACAUGUGUGCGGUUGAUCCUGAACACCCAGCCAGUGUACAUGAACUUGUCAGCGCUGCUGAGAGCACAACUUGUUAUACUGAAGUUGCUCCAGGUCAAGAAUACGGUUUCACUGUCUUGAUGAGAACUCCUAACCGUGCUGGUAACUUCAUCUCAUACUGGCGUCUUACUACUCCCACUGGUGAGAAAUUUGGUCACAGACUUUGGUGUGACAUUACUGUCAAUGAGCCAACCCCAAUCGUCAAGGAAGAGCCAGAGGAGGAAGAAAAGGAAGUUUUUACACUCUCUGAAGUCAACGAUAUGGUUCAGCAUAUUGAGGAUGAGAGGGCCGCUAAGAUUCAGGCCGUCGAGGUUGAAGCCGCCAAGAAUGAAGUCGCCCAGGUUGAAGCUGCCAAAAUUGCAGUUGCUGAAUUCGAAGCCGAAUUUUAUGAUGACGCUGUCUCAAGCAAGGCUGAGGGUAGUCAAAUGAUCUUCCCUAAGCUCGAUAAGGAAUCUCCAAUCUCAAGCGUUCACGAGGAGGCUCAACAAGCAGCAGAACGUGUUCCAGCUUCUGAGGAAAUCUUCAAUGAUGACUUUGAGGAGUUUAAUCAAAACUUUGAAGAGGACGAGGCCGAUGAUGGAUUCAUGACUGAUGAGGAGUAUGAUAUCCUUGAUGCUAGUGAUGAGGAAUAUCUCGCCGAGCAGGAGUCGGUAUCUAAGAAAUAAAUGAAUGACCCAGGAAAUUGUAUUAGGGUGAAGAUCAUUACAUUAGUAAAUGAAGAGGACGUGGAUGAAUAUGGGGAUGGGAAUGGGGAUGGAUUAUCACGAAUAAGGUAGGCGUAAGAUUGACACACAAAUAAGCUCUGGAUAGCGGAUGGAUCAAAGGAAUUGGGUGGAGCUUUGGGGUUUUUUUUACUUGACUUAUUUUGUCAGAAAGGAAAUGGAUCUAUCUCACUCGUUGCUUUUUAAUGUUUUUUUCCUUUGGGCUUUUUUUGGUUUUUCUUUUACUACUUUUAAUCAUAUGUGAGGACAUUUUUCAUUAUGGAAGAUUUCACACAGUGAUUGAUUAGUGGUUGUGGUAGUGGUUAAGGUGGUGCUUUGCUAUUAGGAAGGAAUAAUCUGUCAAGUAAAGAAGUGAUCAUUUUAAAUUGAAAGAUCUCUCCCCUCAGAUAUCU